UCGGCGGUGUAUCUCAUCAGACGCUAACCUUACCUAUCCUACAAUACCUGACUGUACUCGGUGACCUUUUCUUUGAAGAUCCCUCAUGAGACUUAAGGAUUAAAUUCUCCACGCGGAACCUGUUUUUAACUACACGCUGGUCUUCUACAAGACACGUGACCUUCACCCAGGGGAUGAGAUGCUGCUUUAUGCCAGAGAGGCAGGUUACCCUGAUCUGGAACUAGAGAAGUUGGCCAGGCACGGUCUCACAGGUGAGCAGACAUACUCGUGUCCACACUGCGGGGAGGUGUUCCGCUCCAAAGUCGCCGUCCGACGCCAUCAGACCUACACCUGCACCAGCGCCCUAACGCCCUACAGCAGCCUGAAGGAGCAGAUGGGGCUCGCCCAGCACAGCCUGGUCGCCUCCAACAGCCUCGGCAACGUGCUGUCCAGCGGGAGUGACCUGAGCAGCAACAGCAGGGCUGCUCACGACAGCAGCAACGCCAACAACAUCAGCAACGACAGCGAUGACAACAGAAGUGAUAACUCGGAUUCUUAUCAAGAACCGGUUGAAACAGGAAACGGCGGAGAAUUUAAAUGUGACGAGUGCCCUAAAUCAUUUCAGUGGAAGGCGAAUCUUCAAAGGCACCAGUUGACCCAUGAUGCCGACCGGAAGUUUCCCUGCGAAAACUGCGACAAAGUUUUCACCGACCCCAGCAACUUGCAACGUCACAUCCGGUCACAACACGUGGGCGCACGGAGUCACGCAUGCUCAGAGUGCGGCAAAACGUUCGCGACUUCGAGCGGUCUCAAGCAGCACCAACACAUCCACAGCAGCAUUAAGCCUUUCCAGUGCGAGGUGUGCUUGAAGGCCUACACCCAGUUCUCCAACCUCUGCCGACACAAGCGCAUGCACGCCGACUGCAGACAGCAGAUCAAGUGCAAGGACUGUGGCCAGGCCUUCUCCACCGUCACCUCACUCAGCAAACACAAGCGCUUCUGCGAGGGCGUCAUGCGCAACGGCAUGCGCUCCAUCUACCCCCAGGAGAAGCUCCCCACCAUGUCCCCCAACAACCAGCCGCCCCACCUGAACCCCUCCCUGUUCCCCAGCCUCUACGCCGCUGCCGCCGCGGCCAGACCCCAGUUUCCGUUUGCCCCCUACCCUUCUUUCGGCCCCUUCCCCACGCUCUUACCACAAUCCCUUCCUACCAUGCUGGGAAACCCAUCCUCCGCGGCGUUGAAGUUCGCGGCAGCAAACAUGCAACACAUGUCCCCGGACAAGAAGCUCCAUCUUUCCCCGGACUACGUGAGCCUGGAGCCGAAACUCGCGGGUUUCUCCUCAACGUUUGAAAAAGCUCAAAUGCAACGCUCAGACGACAGAUCGUCCACCCAUAACGAUUCCGAAGACAGCGAUUGCAGUGACCUUGACAUUAGUAACCUUUCGGAUGAAGAGGUGGAGCAGACGAACUCGCGCAAAAGAAAAAGUGACCCGGGCGACGAAGGUUCUCACCAGGAAUGCCCCAGCCCCGUGGAGAAGACGGUAAAACGCGAGACUAUCUCGCCACAAGAGGAGAAGAAACCGCAUAAAGAAACGUGCAUAGCGCCCCCUGGCUUCACCCAGUUCAGACCCCAGUCUCCGAACAUCUCCAUCAAGGUGCAAGCUACCUCCACCCCUGUGAAACAAGAAACGCCUUUUGAUUUGAGUUCUACAAAAACAGAACCUAACACAUCCUCCCCGGCACCAGUUCUUAAACCCCAAGAAGGCACCACGGAAAAGGCUGAGAAAGAAGACGCACCUCUAGAUCUAAGCAAGAAACCAAUAAAACCCAUCCCCAUCUUGCCGUCAGAGGCGCCGCGUAAAACCCACAUCUACGGGGAUCUGGCCUUGUCCCCUGUCCCCUCCACCCUCUCAUCCCCCUCACCGGCCAACUCCACCACGCCUUCUCUGCCCUCGUCCGUGCCCUUAUCCAUCCCGUCGGUGUCUUUAUCCGACCACAAACCCACCGUCCCCAGUUUGUACAGCUACCAAUUCAACACGCUCAUGAUGGAGUCUUUCCUCAGGCUCAAAGAGGACAUGAAACUCCAACAGGAAGUGGCUUCAAAGUUCACCAGCCCUUACGCCCGAUUCCCCAUGCCCGGCCCCACAGCAUUCCCGGGGCUUCACUCCCACCCCUCAUACAACCUCAUGCCCCGACCGGAUAUAGAUAAAGUCUUGUCCCCCAUGAUGAAGCUGGAAAAGUCCCAAGACUACUCACCCCACUCCCACCACCACCACAACCACCAUUUCGGCCCAGGCGCGCCGGGGAAAUCUAAAGAAAGAUACGCUUGCAAAUUCUGCGGGAAAGUCUUUCCCCGGUCGGCGAACUUAACCCGACACCUGCGCACGCACACGGGCGAGCAGCCCUACAAAUGCAAGUACUGCGAGCGUUCCUUCAGCAUCUCCUCCAACCUGCAACGUCACGUCCGGAACAUCCACAACAAGGAAAAACCUUUCAAAUGCCAGCUCUGCGACCGCUGCUUCGGCCAGCAGACGAACUUGGACAGGCAUUUGAAGAAACACGAGCAGGAAGGACCCCACCUUCCGGACUCCCCGACCACGGAGCUGGAAGAAAAAGACGAUUCGUAUUUUUCCGAGAUCAGUAAUUUCAUUAGUGACAAUGGCAAGGUCGAUGACCUUGAUGCUGAUGACGAAGACGGGACCAUUAAAGAUGGCGCUUCUUCUUCGGACGAGGCGGAAAUAAGCCCUUGAACGAUAUAUGUUAGCAGAUGUACAUCUUAGUUGACUAAACCAGGUGACUUUAAGAAGGCGCUAAUAAUAGACUACCAUUUGAUAGAAUACAGCCCAUCUUCUGAAGUUCAUAAUGAACAGUUAAAUUAACGGACCUAAUUAACCAACACCCAUUCCUACACACUCCAUUUUCCUGAAUGGUUUAAUUAAGUAGUUAGUUGAUUAAUUUGUACAUAUUUUUUAUUUAAAUUGUUUAUAGUUCAUGUAGGACAUUAUUGUACAUAAAAUAAACUCUAUAACUAGUCUAUAUUUGUAAUUAAACUUUUUUUUUUACAUUUAAUUGUUUUAAAUAUGUUUACCUAAGGGUAUGUGGUUGGGUUAUUUUAUCAUGUUUCAUUUACUAAAUACUUGUGAAUUACAUACAUUUUGUAUAAACUAUUUUUAAAAUGGAAUGGAUAAUAACUAAGGAAAGAUAACUCUAAUUUGACAAACCUUACUGGUUAUAUAAUACUGUAAAUGUUGUCAAUAGUCUUUGGUGGAUUUAAAUUUUUGUACUUGGACAAAUGCUUCGGCAUUUCUUAGUCUAUAACAGCAGUUUUUUGGCUGCUUGAGGAAAUUUUUGAAAAUAAUAUUUAGAAAAGCUAAUUAGCUUCACCUAAGGAGGCACAAAGGUCAAUGAAAUUACUUCACCUAAGUAGGCGAAGGUCAAAAGUAAUGCGUGUCUUACUUGUCGAGAAUUCCACGCAGCUAUGAAAAGUACAACAUUUACUAAGGCAAAUUGAAAUCUCAUUUUAUAUUUAUCUGAAAUGAGAAUACGAAGAAGGAUACUGAGAGAGGGAGA